AUGGAAGGACAGGUUGCGGCGGUGGUGCGGAGGCAGCCUCUGCUGAUGGAGGCGGUGACGUCAUCGACCGAGACCGACGGAAAAACCGCCGGUAGCAAAGGAAGGUGGAGCCGCAUGGGCGAGACUGCAGGUGAGUGCACCGCGGUGUGCUGUUGCUGUCCGUGCGGAAUGAUGCACCUCCUGAUCCUAGCGGUGUACCGUCUCCCCGCCGGUAUCUGGCGAGAGAAGAGGAGGAGGAGGUUGUUGAGGAAGAGGAGAAAGUUCUUAUCGGCGGAGAAGGAGCGGAAUAUAGAAAUGAACUUUUCGUCCUGCUUGUAUACGGACGAGGAGGAGGAAUCGGAAGCCGGCGGCGACAAAAACGACGUCGUCGAGUGGGAGAAUGAGGUUUUGGAUCGGUUUUAUAUGGCUGGAUUUUGGAGAAGUAAUUCUGAUAGAGAUGAUGAUUGA